UUAUUAAGUCCUAACUUUUUGUUGAGAACAUGUUUUUUUUGUUAAUGUAUGCAGUUCAUCAUCAUGUGUGACGUGUCCAAGUGGAUAAAAAAAUGCCUUUAAUAAUUUUUAGCUGUGCUAGGUAUAAUGGUCGACAAUCGAUGAAUCGACAUGCAUAUGAGUAGAAUGGCACCCAGCACAUCAUACCUGUCUGGGCCAUGCUCAUUGUGCUUAAGAGUAGCUAAAUGGUUGCCCGUCAUCUUUAUUGUGGCCAUUGUGGUGUGGUCCUAUUAUGCAUAUGUCAUUCAGCUCAACAUACUUACUAUAGAGAGCAUUGUGAAAAAAACUCUCUAUCUUCUGGUCUACCACGUCCUGCUUAUCCUCUUUGCCUGGUCUUACUGGCAAACAAUCUUCACAGAGAUUGGCUAUGUUCCUAAACAGUUCCGCCUGCCACCAGCAGAGCUGGAGGCGUAUGAAUGUGCCCCUACAGAAGGGGACAGACGCGAGGUCCUGGAGCGGUUUGCUGCCAAGCACGGCUUGCCAGUCUCCAACAGAACCAUGACGGGAGACAUCCGUUACUGCGAGAAGUGCUGUCACAUAAAGCCUGAUCGCUGUCACCACUGCUCGGUGUGUGGCGAGUGUGUGCUCAAGAUGGACCAUCACUGUCCUUGGGUCAACAACUGCGUCUCAUUCACAAACUACAAGUUCUUCGUCUUGUUCUUGGCAUAUGCCUUCAUUUACUGCAUCUUCGUGGCAAGCACAACACUCGAGUAUCUCAUUCGCUUCUGGCGGUCUGACCUGCAAGGCGCCGGCAAGUUCCACAUCCUGUUCGUGUUCUUUGUGUCGAUUAUGUUUGCCAUCAGCCUCGUGUCGCUUCUUGGCUACCACAUCUUCCUCAUACUCAGGAACAGGUCCACUAUUGAAUCUUUCCGCGCGCCAAUAUUCUACAUAAACCAUUCAUGGUCGCAAGACAAGGAGGGCUUCAGCCUCGGUGCCUUCAACAACUUUUUAGAAAUAUUCGGGGAUGGCAGACGGCGAUGGUUCGUGCCAGUCUUCACCAGCUUGGGUGACGGUGUCACUUAUCCGCUCAAGUUUGAUCGCUCGCCUUCUUGCUAUGGUGUCUCUACCUCCUCCUCACCUCCAACACAACCCUCACCACCACCACCACCACCACAACCCCUCUCCUCUUCAUCAUCGUCACCACCAUCGUACGGCAGCACCAACUCUAACAGUUUGGGCGACGGAGUGUCCUACCCACAGCGCUGUAUUGAUGAGGACAUGGACGGCCUGUUGGCCAGCAGCGACUACAGCAACACUGACUGGGACAACCUCGGCCACCACCACUUCCUGGCCAACAGGGACGGAAACCUUGAAGAGGUCAUCGUGGAGAGCACACAUACAAACCCCGUAUAGACUACACGCAUCAACUCCGUGAAGACCACGAGUAUCAACCUUGUGUAGACAACUCUCUCCACUCCUGUGUAGAAGACACUCCCACUCUGUGUAAACGUCCCUGUCAAGAUCUCUCCCCCGGGCGCCUCGCACGUCGCCGUCCACGCAGGACGCCUCACCACCACGCGCUAGCUGUGUUCCCAGCCCGUCUGCCCGAGCGUCCGAGGCCUCGCUCCCUCAACAACUUUGUUGCGUCGUGGAGCGCAACCUAACUUGUUGACUUCAGCUCUCUCAGGCUGAUAUAGCGCGUCCUCUUAACUCAGCCGGCUUCUUCUUUUGUUAUAUGAUUAAAUGUAGACAUUUUAUAGCAAAUGAUUGAGCGGAUUUACACAAUCGAAUGCUUCAAAUAAUGCACCUCCUUGCGCAUUCCAUUAAUUAUUAAUGUUGUGAACAUCUUUCGUUCGUUUUCAUCAAUCAAGUAGUGUGAUUCCUAUUAUACUAUAGAAAUUUCCACACAUAGACACGACUUUUUGGGGAUAAUUUUUUUCCAUCAACACCCAUUGUGAAAAUUAAGGUGGAAACCGUGCUUGCUGCAAUAUAUAUCCACCUGAUAUUCAAACGGAUUAAUAAGUUAAUUAUUCCCGUUAUCUGUUGAGUUCUUUGGUUUCUCUGUCAAAAUCAAUUUAGAUAAAUGGGUGUAGUUUUGGUCCUUUGAGCAUUCUCAGCAUUAUAAUGAACUUUUCCAAAGGCGCUCCACUCGAUCUCUAUGAAAAGAACCCGCAUCUCGGCUUAAACUGUGGAAACGUGAUGACAAAAUAUAACUGAUUUUUGCUUUCCUGAACCUUAUGUGUAUAUAUAUGACGAGUAAGAUUGGAAUAUCGUUGAUCAUUCAAUUAUUUUGAGAUACGCUGGCCGAAAAUACCAUCAUCUGCUUCUAUUGUGCUUGAACAAUUAUUGAUACGAACAAUAAGUUUAGGUCGGCUGACGUAGGAAUCGCUCAAAUGUUGAAUAUAAAGCGUAUCCUGCUACUGCAUAAUUUGGUUGAUUAAAAUGCCUGAUGAUCUGCCGCGCAGUGACGCCUUCCUACAUUUUUAUGUAGUUUUUGCGGGGAUUUUGCUGCAAAUUGAUUAUGAGUUUGUGUGUUCUUACUAUUUCAAGUAUUGCUACGUAGAAGCUAGGAUUUCAGGACUGAUAGUCUUCUCUUGAUUACCACCACUCGCCUUCAGGGUUCAGUGUGCAACUCUUGCACUCUAAGGAAAUGUGUGUUUUAAGUACUUUAAUAUUGAAUUCAUUGAGCUUUAAUCUUAACUUCUAUCAUGCAAGUAUUUUAUCGUUAUAACCAAAUCAAUUUCCGUGACGUCGUCUGUACAUCUUAUGAACGGACUCGCGCUUUCCUGUUCAUUGAUCAAGCAGACUGAAUUUGUGCAUUAUUUUAUUAUUCUUUCCUUUUGAGGUAAGCAGCUCAUGCGGUAAACGCCGAUUGCUUGCGAGUGUGCCUUUAAAUAAUGCACGAUUAGAGUGUCUUCUAAACUAAUCUAACAGGAGGCCACGGAGUUCAAUAUUUAAGAAUAUUUCAGCUAUCGUUCACCAGCCUAAGAGCUAACACUAACGUAGCGUAGUUUUUUGGUUCUCAACCUAGCAUCCAAAAGUGAUAGCAAUAUGGACGCGAGAUUUUUAUGAAAUGCGAGUGGACUUAAUCUGGCAUCACUAUUGGUUGUAAUUGAUACCUCUUAGCGCGCUAUUCAUUUUAAAAGUAGCAAUUUGUAUGUUAUUUCCGUCACCAUCACAACUUUAGCUCUUUUUUUUCAUAAGCUGUUUCACUUACAUCGAUAUACUGAGCCGAGCAUGUGUGUAAUUGUUCAUCCUGGUAGUGGCGACUAG